AUGGAAAUGCACACGGGAUCACAGGGCUUUGGUGUCCAGUUUGCGUCGUAUGUGGCGGCGAUGGCGGCGGCGAUGGCCUGGCCGGGCGGCCCGGUCCCGCUGAUAUUUGCCGGUGAAGCGUGGAACUACGGCGGGGCAAACACCACGCUGGUCGACGUCCUGGCUCCCGGUGCAGCAUGUCGCCCACCGGCGAGCGAAGCUUGGCUAAGUGCCGCGGAUCACAUCGCAUACCACAAGGUCAUGUUGGGGCGGACAAACAUUUGCCAACCCGGGCCGGCGGCCGGCGAUCCAUUUUGCGAGCCUAUGUCGCGCGAGAGCGACGGUAGCCGGCGGCGGCGAGGCGGUAGCCUCAUCAAGUCUGGCGGCGGCGACCGAGUCCGCGGCGGUGCACAGUGGGGACUUGCCUUUCACAGCAAGAUCCUCGCCGCCGGCGCAGCGCUCGAGUGGUUCCCCGGCGGUGCGCGUGAGUGGGAGGCGCUGCUCACGGCGGCGCUCUUCUGCCCGGGCCCGCGGAUCCUGGCACGGGCGGCCGAGGCCAAGGCGGCGUCAGGCUUGCCCUGGGACGACAAGCCGGUCAUCGGCCUGCACAUCCGGCGCGGCGACCGGACCGAUCUGCACAAACACCUUGUGGCCGACUACUUUGACGAGGUGGCGGCGCUGGCAGACGAGCUUGCGACAGACGCGGUGUGGGUGGCUGCAGACGCAGCUGAGACGCUUGAAGCGGUCGAGGCUGUGUUUGGUGAGCGAUACUCGCUGUACUCGCUGUGGCACUGGGCGCGGGACGCGCCUGGGGCCGACGUGGCAUGGGGCGGGGCAUGCGCUCAUGGACAGCAUGCUGGUUGA